AUGGUGGGGGUCUUUGCCAACGUCUUUGGUGUAAAAAGGCGGAGGAAGCUGAAGCAAGCGGUGGAGAAACACAGGCUUUUUGAAGUGACUAAGGUCCUUGAGAUGAUCCCUAAGGGCUGGAAUGUCAGGGCCACAGCAGAAGUCCCACCUGCCUCAUUAGCAUCAGAGCCAGAGGAGGCCCUCAUGGAGACCAUGGUGGAGCACUAUGGGACACUCCUCGCCAUCAACCAGGACACCCAGAAGCAUCUGGAGGCCUUCGCCAAGGUGAACCAGGUCGCCCACCAGAGUCUGGAGUCUCUCUACAGGACCCCUUUGGAGCUGGGGACACAGGGGUCCCCUCUACACCUCCAAGGAAGUCUUGAAGCAGCAGCGAGCUGCUGGGAGGGUCUGGUGGCAGCACUGAAAACCUACACCAUUUUGCACCUUGGCCGCUGGAGAAGCGGACCCUUUAUAGGCAGCCGGCAGUACCUGCUGUACCUCGUUUCAAGUCUCACCCCGGCACCCCCGAAGAGCCUCUCCAUUCGGCUGUGUCAGCGGCGAAAGAGGUGUCACCGCAAGCAGGAAGGGCGGUGGCAGUUGGACCACCAGGUCACCUACCAGAAGGACACGGACAGCUGUAAUGUGAGCCUCCUGGGCUGCUGGGAAGACGCCAGGGCCGAGGCCUGGGCCACAUUCCACCUGGACAGUGUGGUCGAAACAGCUGCUCGACUACAUGAACGCGGCCAGCAGUGUUCCCGCUCUGCCCACAGCGCGCCCAAGAGCGUGGACCUCUUCUCCAAGCUCGACCUGACUCAGGAAUUUCUGUUGGACAAAAUGGAGACAGUGAAAUUUGUAUCACUGCUCACGGAACCCAGAGUGUGCUGGGCAGGGGACAAUGUCAAGAACCAGAGUCUCAGAAGAUACCCCAGGUUCUUCAGGAAAUGCCCAAGGGAUCAAGAUUCGACACCCCCCACCCCAAGCCCCCAUUCCCAGUACCCAGACUUCAGCGCGCUGUACCCGUACUGGCCAGGCUGGUGA